UAUCCCUCUUUGAUCUGCGAGUAUCGAGUUCCCUCCUCUUAGGGCCCAGUGUGCCUGCAGCCCGGUCCCCUGCUGCCCCUGUCUUAAGGUCCCCUGAACGGAGGAGACAGCAGCUCCGCUCCCGCCAGGCCAGGCCGGGCAAUUCUGCGAUUCUGGGACGGCUGCGAUCUGCUCCAAGUGGAGGCCAGCGUGGGCACGGGCUGCUCAGCUCAGCUCAGGACUAAGGCCAGCGGGGACCACACCCUGGACAUACCUGGAUUCCUCCUGAGGGUCCCCCACACCCAGCCAUGCGCUCCCCAGCCGCCCUCCUCCUCCUCCUCCUCCUGGCCAUGGGAGCUGAGGCCUUUCGGAUCUGUGCCUUCAAUACCCAGCGGCUGACCCUUGCCAAAGUGGCCAAAGCGCUGGACACACUCGUGCCGAUUGUGGCCCGCUGUGACAUCAUGGUGCUGCAGGAGGUGGUGGACUCUUCGGACAGUGCCAUCAGUCUCCUGCUUCGAGAACUCAAUCGAUAUGGUGACUCGGGGCCCUACGCGUCCCUGAGCAGCCCCCUGCUGGGCCGCAGCACGUACAUGGAGAAGUACGUGUAUAUCUACCGGGAACUCAAGACGCAGGUCCUCAGUCAUUAUGUGUACAACGACAAAGAUGACCUCUUCGCCCGGGAGCCCUUCGUGGCCCAAUUCACACUGCCCAGCAAAGUGCUCCCCAGCCUGGUGCUCGUGCCGCUGCACACCACUCCCAAGGCGGUGGAGAAGGAGCUAAACGCGCUGUAUGAUGUGUUCCUGGACGUCUCUCAGCACUGGCAGAGUGAGGAUGUCAUCUUGCUCGGGGACUUCAACGCUGACUGCGCUUCGCUGAGCAAAAAGCGCCUGAGCGAGCUGGCGCUGCGGAAAGAGACCAACUUCCACUGGGCCAUCGGCGACGACGAGGACACCACAGUGCGGGCCAGCACACACUGCGCCUACGAUCGCAUUGUGCUGCACGGCCAGCGCUGCCAGAGCCUGCUGAAGGCCGCCUCGGCCUUCCACUUCCCCACUGGCUUCGGGCUCUCCGAGAUGGAGGCCCUGAACAUCAGUGACCAUUACCCGGUGGAGGUGGAGCUGAGUGGGGCCAUGCCCAGGCUGCAACCCCUCAGUCUGGCAAUGCUGCUGCUGCCACUCGUGCCCCUGCGGCUGGGCCCAGUGGCCUGACACUACUCAAGCCUGCUGCUCACGCGCCAGGAUGACCAGCCUUCAGGACUCUGCCACAGCCUCACUGUCUCCCUCCGCCAUCAGACUACAGUCCUUUCUUCUGUGGGUGUUCUGGUUGGGGCUGCACCUGGUGAUAGCGUGUGGAAGAAGGGAGGCGCCCUCAAGCUUGGUCCAGGGUUGAGGGGGGAUGUGGGUUGAUUUUAGAUAAACCACAAGGCUUAGGAAAAGGGAUUUGGGGUGGGAGCAGUAGUCCAGAGGGGAGGGUGUUUGCCUUGCACAUGGCCCACCCGGGCUUGACUUCUGGCAUCCCUUUUUGUUCCUUGAGCAGAGUCAGGAGUAUCCCCUGGGCAUCUGGGUGUGGCCCAAAAAACAGAACACAAAAAGGAAAAGGGGACUCACAGCUGACAGAGGUCCUACUAGGACAGGGGAUGGCUCCAGGGCUCAGGCACAUGCCCGGCCCUACCAGGCAGCAAAUCCCCACACAGGAACAGCCUGUACUGUCAACAGAUGUAAGCCAAAAGGAAACCAAUUCUGGCAGCAGUGGAGAUGUGGUUCAUGGAGUAGGGUAUGUCUGGCCUGCGUAAGGCCUAGGUUCAAUCCCAGGCACUACAUAAAACGUUGAGGUGGAGAUAACAUAUGGGUUAAGGUGCUUCCCUUGCAUGGAGCUAAUCCUGGUUCUGUCCCCAAGCAUAGAGUUUAAGUGUGGCCCUAACAACCCCCUGCAAAAUAAUGUUCCUCAUGGAUUGGAGGUACAACUUGCAUUGCAGAGGGCAUAUGGGUUGCUAAAGCAGCAUGAAAACAAAGCAAAAAACUGACAAUGGCCCUUCUGCUUCAGUGAACUAAGUGCCCAGCCCAGGCUAUCUGCAAGUCCCUAUUCUCAACCACUGUGCUGUUAUGUUCAGACACCUUGCCAAUGUCCAUGAGUCCCAGCAAGGGCAGAUGGAGGUUGGUUAUCAGUAACAGCACUUGAGCUACCACUCAACUGUACUUGCUGCAGCUUUCCUGGGCGACAUCCCUCUGACCCACAACAGUCCUGGAGGGGGACUUCAGGGCCAUUGAAGCCAAUUGUUUACAAAAAUAAAAGCUUAUUUUAA